AUGAUUUCCCUAGAAUUGUUUGCGUUUGCGGGGGCUGCCGCCGCUUUGCAGCCUCUUCCCCCUGUGCAAUGGAUAAGCAGCAAUGCGUCCUCGACCGGAUUCUCUAUCCAAGAAGCCCCGAAGAAAAUCUACGUCGCCAGCAAUUUCGCAGAUCACACCGACACGGAGGGUCUGACGCUCAUACCGCCGUCGGCAUACGAGUUCGCAGAGACCUUCCGCCAGGACCUCUCCCAACUCUUUGGCGACGAAUGGACAAUCGAGCAGGUCGACGAAUUCCCUGACUCGGGCAUCUUCCUGGGGCAAUCUAGGGGAGACGCAAGCCAAUUGAAGUACGAAAAUGGAGUCCAGACAGAGGAAGGCUACGAGCUGGAAGUAUCGGCCGGGAGCGUCUUCGUUGGCGGGACAGGCGCUCGUGGUAUGUUUUGGGGAACACGAACGCUGCUGCAGGAGCUUCUGGUUGCCAAUGGGACAGCCUUGGCCCCAGGCCGGACAACUGAUGCCCCCGCGUAUGCGACACGAGGGUGGAUGCUCGACGCUGGCCGGAAAUGGUACACGGCCGGCUUCCUCAAGGAAUUGUGCACCUACGCGUCGUUUUUCAAAAUGUCCGAGUUCCAUUACCACUCGAGCGACAACUACCCGUUGAACAGAGGACACAAUGAAACAUGGCAUGAAAUCUAUUCUCAUUUCUCGCUAUUUCCGGAGAAUCCAGAGCUCCACGGGAUCAUCGAGCGCCAAAAUGAGACCCUCUCAAGGGAGGAGUUUGAGGACUUCCAGAAGCAUUGUGCGCAGCGCGGUGUCACGGUGAUUCCAGAGAUAGAGGCCCCAGGCCAUGCUUUGGCCAUCACAAAGUGGAAGCCUGAACUUGCGUUGACAAAGAAGGAUCUUCUCAAUUUGACACACCCUGAUACGGUGCCCACUGUCAAAGCCAUCUGGGAGGAGUUUCUGCCUUGGUUCCAGACCAAAGACGUACAUGUCGGAGCUGACGAAUACGACGCUGAUCUCGCCGGUGACUACAUCACGUUCGUGAAUGAGAUGAAGGACUGGGUCAACGAGACCUCUGGGAAGCGUAUCCGUAUCUGGGGCACCCACGAGCCGUCGGAAAACCUCACCGUCUCCGACGACAUCAUCAUCCAGCACUGGCAGUACGGGCAAUCCGACCCUGUCCAGCUCCAAAAUGACGGGUACGAGCUGAUCAAAUCGAACGACUGGUGGGCUUACAUGAGUCUCAAGAACGACCACAUGCCCAUCCUCCCAGCCCCCUACCCGCAAUUCUACAGCGUCACACGUACGAUGAAUUUCGCAGACGUUCCCGGCUGGCAGUGGGACCCGCGGCUUUUCAACCAGGUCAACACCACCGAGCAGCUCGAACCCGGGGCGAGUGGGAACAGAGGUGCGAUCCUCGCCGCCUGGAGCGACAGCGGCCCAGACGCCACGACGCAGCUCGAAGCGUACUACGCCAUGCGCGACGGCAUACCCGUGGUAGCAGCUCGAGCCUGGUCCGGUGCACGCGGGCUAAACAUCUCCGCCGAGGACCUGCCCUCCACCCUCGCGCUUCUCACGUCAAAGGCACCGGGGCAGAACCUCGACAGGCGGCUUCCCGGACCACAGAACCCAUCUGCAGACUCACCGCUCAUUUCAUGGUCGCGCCAGUCAUCAGACGCAGCCAGCGUGAGCCUGGACCAAGGCUCGUGCGGCCCGCCGUACACACUCACCCUCAGAGCCUCCUCGGCCUUCUCACUCACGGGCCCCGACACCUCGCUCAGCGUCGAGAGCGUCACGUCAAACGACACCGAGACCACCACCACCACCACCACCACGACGCUCGUCUUCAAGACCGCAGACAACUGGCCCUACCCGCUGCGCUCGACGUCCGAGUCCGACGGCCACGACCCCGCGCACCCGGGCCGCAUCUGGACCAACGCGUCGGGCUCCACGCACGGGCCCGUCCCGGUCGCCCUGCCCGCCGAGAUCCGCGUCGAGACCGACGUCGUGAAUGGGAGCCGGGUGUGGGUGGACGGCGAGUUCAGGGGCCGGUUCGAGGUGUUUGUUUUUGGCGGGAGGAACACGCUGUUUAGUUGGAGCCAGAUGGCGUUGGUUGCGCCGUUGGGGGCCGUCGAGGGUGGGUUGGAUGGGCUGGUUUUGGAGGCUGGCACUGGAGGCACGGGGGGGAACCAGACGGGUUCUUCAACCAUCAAUGGCACCGACAGGAUGGGUCAGGGUUCUGGAUGGACUUUCUUGGCGAUGGUAGGAGGUAUUAUGGCGCUCGUGUUGUGA